GUGUCCCAGAGGCUGCUGUUUCCUCAAGAGUAGGAUAUUCAUUUGUUGCAUUGCUUGAUGGAACUGUGGCUGCAGAUGGACAAAUGAUAUUACUGGAAUCACUUUCUCAUACACCUUUGACUCAUCACUCUGACCAGGUAUUAUCCGCCCAGUGAGGACUGCUCAGCACAGCCCCAGCCACAGUCACCGUCUCUGCAUCUCUGCCAAGCAUUGCUUCCCCUGUACUGUGAUUUUGGGAGUCAGUGCACCCCCAGGCGACAGCUGACCUGUAGCAGAUGGAUCAGAGUGCUUGUACAUUACUCGCAGUAAUUACAGGGAUGCUUGAGCGACACGGAGGCAGACUUUGCCGCUGAGGAAAACGCCUGCCAGAGGUUCUGGGGCUGCCGUUUGCGAGACGGUCUUUCGUGCCUGUCGAGGCAGCUGAGGCGGGUGGCAAGCUCGCUCCUUCCUGUACUUGCCUGCUUGAUUGACAUUGGCUCCCAAAUUGCUGCAGCCGUGCCUGAAGAAAAGCAAAGGAGCAUAAUUUUUCUGAGAGAAUUUUCCUGGCACGGGAAGGCAUGUGGUGCAGAGAAACGUGCCAGGGAAGAGCCGCUUAGUGCCUGGAAGUGCAAGCCCAGAUGCGAACACAACUUCCAUCCAAGCCACGCUGUUGCGAAGUCCGUGUUUUUUCCAGCCUCCUCUCGCUCAGCACACCAGGCGGUCUGCACAGGAGGCUGCCCAUGGCAUUGCUGCAGCCUGCGCUGGAUUAGUUGCUGCUCCGUCAUUGCUUCAGCUGUCUGAAGAGCUUUGCAGGGAAGAUGUUGGACUUAAGCUUCCUGACCGAGGAGGAGUACGAGAAGCUAAUGAAGGUUCUGCAGAGAGAUGCAGAGCUGAAGAAGAAGGAUGGGGAUCGCAUCAGGCGGAUUCAGGGCUCCAUCAAGGAUGAAAAGAAGAAGAAAUUCGUGACUGGUGAAUGGUUUUCAGAAGUGAAGGCAAAACGUUUUCAAGAAGACUUAGAGGGGUCGGAUCUGCUUCGGGCAUCAAUUAGAAGGAAAAAGGGCAAACUGGAAAAUGAGCCUAACGAGCACAUCCGGAGCAGUCUGGACGGCAGAGCAGCCGCGAGUCCUCCCGUCCCCAAGCACACUCCCGACGCAGGAGAGGAGAGAUCCAGUGUGGUUGCGUUUGAUACUGCAGAGAGGCAUAAAAUCUUACCAAAACCAAAGCCAAGACGUCCUGUCCUGCUGUAUGCAUCGCACAAGAGAUCCGAUAUACUUGAUGUCUCUUCCUCAGAGAGUGACACUGGAACAAAUCCAUUUGUGGCUGCAACAGACAGCUUGCACUUGUCUCAAAAAGGUCAUGGAGUAUCUCCAUUGCCUGCCAAGCUUUCAGAGGAUGCUGUGCCUCAGCCCAGCAGCUUAGCUGGAGGAGAUGCUGUUGAUGGGGCCACUGGCACCGCAGCAGUGGCAAAAACUCCACCCGAAGAAAUUUAUGGUCCCAGCAAGAUACCAGUUAAGAAGAAACCAAGCAGAACUUUCCCCAGAUCAGAGCAGUCUGUGAAUCACACGGGCCCAGCUGAGAACAGCCUCACAAAGAAGGAGCUGCUGGUAAGCCCCAAACCACUUGGUGCAGAGGGAGAAAGCAGCCGGACUGUGAAGCAAGGCACAAACUAUACAAUCUCUUCUAUGAGUAAUAAAGAGGAAGAUAUUGGCCUAGAUCGUGAACACUUCAAGAACUUGAAGAACUUCUGGGAGAAGGCAGCAGACUCUGUGACAGGGGGAAAUGUUUCUGAGGACCCGAGCUCUGUGGAGGCAAACAGCAGGCAGUUCAGGCUGUGUCGCUCGCUCUCUGUCCAGUCCAGCCAAAGCCAGGACGGUGAAGAAAAAUCUGUCAUCUCUACCAGAACAAGAACCCCCUAUAAAAGGACGAUAACUUUGUCUUCUAGUGAGGAAGAACCAAGCUACAUAGCCCCUGCAAGAAAGGGCUCGAUUUCUUUCAGUCCUAGAUCCACGUAUGCCAAGAGCAAAGGCACACUGGUUACGAGAAAUAACUCGCUGAGUGAAAGCAAUGGGAAGCUGCCUGUGCCAGAAGAAGAGAAGGCAGCACAGCGCUGCUCAAAGAAAUCCAGAUUGCCUGUGCGAGUGCCUUCCAUCAAAAUAGAGUCGCCUACCAAAGAAGUGUCUGGCAACACGUUUGAGCCAGAGACGCCUACAGAUGAGUUUAUCAUGGCAGAAGAGCGCAAGCUUCAAGUGGAUUCACUGGUGAGCAAGGUGCAGAUACUGAUCGAGCCCACGCUUGCAGAUGGUGAGGAAGAUGAUGAGAAAGAGCGAAGGUCUGAUUUGGGCACUCAUAACAACAUGGAAAUAAACGGAGAGCUACCUGAGGAAAAAAUGUGCGAGUCUUCAGACAACCCAACACCCGGUGAACCAGCUGGAGAGAGAGAAGUCGUGCAGGGAACGGACUCAGCUGUUUACUCAGAGGAAGAUGGAGAUCGUUCUCCUGCUGCUCAGGCAUUGGCCCGAGCAAACAGCAUCAAUCUUGCAAAGAGCAUGGUGAACAUUUACACAACCACAGAGACAUACAAUAAACCUCAUUUGAUACCCCAUCAAUUUCUUGAACCUGAAAGAGUGAAAGAGCUGAGCAGAUCCUCUCCUCUCCUGCUCUCUGAGACUGAAUCAGACACGGCUUCAGAAAUCAGCUUCCAGUUUAACAAGCACAAAAAGACGCCUAGCAUUGGCAGCCACUCCUCCGACAUGGCAUCUGUCUCCUCGGUGAGUGGCAGCGUGCUCAGCGUGUACAGUGGUGAUUUUGGGAGUGUGGAUGCCCAAGGUACUGUUGAGUUUGCUCUAGACUAUGAUGAGAAGAACCGGGAGUUCCAGAUUCAUGUCUCCCAGUGCAAGGACCUAGCUGUUGUGGAUGAGAAGAAAGGCAGAUCUGAUCCGUAUGUCAAAACUUACCUGCUCCCAGACAAAGCUAGAAUGGGGAAGAGGAAAACCUCGGUGAAGAAGAGAACAGUGAAUCCCAUUUACAAUGAAGUGUUAAGGUAUAAAAUAGAGAAAAUGGUAUUGCUGAUCCAAAAGUUAAAUCUCUCUGUUUGGCACAAUGACCCACUGGGACGUAACAGUUUCUUGGGAGAGAUCGAAAUAGACUUGGCCAGCUGGGACUGGAGUAACAGGAAACUCAACUGGUACACGCUGAAGCCGCGGAGUCUUUCUGCCAUUAAUGGUGUGGAUCAUCGAGGAGUGAUGAAUUUGUCUAUUAAGUAUGUCCCACCAGGAAGCCUAGGUCCCAAGAAUCCUCCCUCUGGUGAAGUUCACAUUUGGGUCAAAGAUGUCAAGGACCUGCUGCAGUUGCGUCCUUCUGGAGUUGACUCCUUUGUGAAAUGCUAUGUGCUUCCAGACACCAGUAAGAAGAGCCACCAGAAGACCCGAGUUAUAAAAAGAGACACAAACCCUGUUUUCAAUCACACUAUUGUGUAUGAUGGAUUUCACACAGAGGAUCUAAAGGAUGCUUGUGUUGAAUUGACUGUGUGGGAUCAUGAAAAGCUAACCAACCAUUUCCUUGGAGGAAUCAGGCUGGGCCUUGGGACAGGUUUGAGCUAUGGCAUCUCCGUGGACUGGAUGGACUCCACGCAAGAGGAGGUGGCCUUUUGGCAGGAGAUGAUGUCAGCUGCCAACGAAUGGAUCGACGGAUUGCUGCCGCUGCGCUCGUUGGCAGGCAGAAAAAAACUGAAAUAACCCCCCAUCUGUGCUACAGAAAGGCUGAACGUGUUGGUUAGAAUUAACUUCUUGCACAGAGGUGACGGAGACCAUCUGUGGGCCAGACAAGUGUCAGGUUAAUUAGGCAAUUGAUGGACAGCACUUUGGAGAUGUUAAGUACCGUUUUGCCAGCAGAGGACCUAGAAGAUGCUAGACUGAUGCAGUGCUUGAUUUUGAUCAAGAAGGAACCUCGUUUGCCUUUUUAUUUAAUCAUUUAUAGUCAGUAUCUUUGAAUUCCAUUAAGCUCUGGGAACACUGGCAGGGAAGAGGAGGUAUAGAUAUUUUUAUUUUUUUACUGUUUCUUGUGCCUUUUUUUUUUCCUGUGCAGAGAUGUAGUUGUACUAAAGCUGCAGCAUGGUAUUAUUCAUACUCCCCUGCAAGUGGUACACUUUGUACUUGAUGUAGAAUUGCUCCAAGUCACCAGCCAGCACUGUCUGAGAAUGGAAGCUUUCUGUUUGUUGCUGGUGAUGAUGCACCUGUAAUGUGAGGAAAAUUGAGAUCUGAGGUGAAUCUAAAGAAAGAGAGGACUAUUUGAAGCAGAAAAUGAAGCAACUUGAGGAGGAUAACAAUGAGAAAUUCAGUGUAUUAAUUCCUUUCUGCUCUAAUAUGAAAGAGAGAACUGAUGGUCCUGCAGGUAGUGGGAUUUUGCAACCAGGGGCUGUUUUCCUAGCUUUCCCACAGGCUUCCUCAGUGACCUCAGGCAAGUUUUUCAAUUAAAGGACAGUUUCAGUGCAAUAUAAACUAAGAUGCUUGCCCAAAUGUAAAGUAUGGUUACGUUACUGAUGUGCCAAACAGCACCUCUGAAAUGCCUUGUGUGUAAAACAUUUCACUAUGAAAUAAUGAUGUAGGAAAUGGUCUCAUGUUAGCCUGGCACAACAGAUCAGGAAAGGAAGGUCUAAGCUGGGCAGGAACCCAGGAGGUCGUGGCAGAGGUAAGCAGGGUGUGAACUCAUGCAAAGCGGAGCUGACAGAGCUCCAGGGACUGGGGGGGUCUUCUGCCCUCCACAGAUCUCCUUGCCCCUCUAGUCUUCCUUUCACUCGAUGCCGGUCAGUUGGAAUUAUCUUUUUGGCAGUAGCUUGCAAGUAUUUUGUGUCUGGCACAUUAACAGUGGCAGAGUGGCAUUAUGAAUGCAUUUUGAAAUGCAGCUCUGUAAUUUCUUCUUUAAAUGUUCAUAUUGCGAUUAAAUAGAAUGUUUUUCCUUAGUCAUCAGCUGGUCUCCUUAUACCUAUCUUUAGCAUGGUCUGAGUAACAAAAAAGCAAGCAAGAGAGGUGUUAGAUGUUGUCAUGUCAAAAUGAACCAUUUUUGCCCAAGGGUAAGUGAAAUGUUAUGGAGAAAUAUUUUUUGUAGCUAUCUUACCUUAGAUUUUGGCUCUGUGAAUAGUUUGAUAUUCUUUAAUGUAUUGAUUUUAUUUUUUAACCCAAAUGCAGCAUAAAUUUUCAGCUUAGCAAAGAUGGUUGUAAAACAAAUGAAUGAAAACAUGCAUGCUAAACGCAACAAGACUUUUUUGCAAAAUGACGAAAUUUGGAAGAUAAUCACCAGCUCUUGUGGGGAAAAAACAAAGAAAGAAGAUAUUUUUGUGAUGGGGAAAAAAGAUUAUACUUGAAUAUGUACCAGUUCUAGUACUGAAAGCACUAAGAGAUAGGCCAUGGAACAGCAGAAUUAAAUAAUGACUAAACUAAUAAAGGACAUCAAAUAUAUAGCAUGUCAACCCAAAGAUGCUCUGUAUUGGCUCCAGCCUGGCAUGUUCUAGUCACCAAGGUUUGGUCAGUUAUUACCCCUGUGGGAUAAACUAGCAAUAUUGGGCCUAAGGUGAGAGUUUUUAAAUUAUUAGCUUUACCUGUUUAGGUGCUGAAUGUGUAAGUGUUCAUGCAUAUGAAUAAUUUAAGUACUAUGAGGAGCCCUGCUCAUCAGAGUGGGUGGUUUGCUGUCACGACGUUACUUAUCUGCAGGACGGCUGCUCUCACACCAAGCACUUCCCAAUCCCGCAGGGCUCUCGCCGUGCCGGCAGGAUUUCAGCCACGGCCCGUGACGCCUGGGGCCUCUCUGCAGGGUCGGUUGGGUCUCGUCUUGGGAGGGUUCGACUGAUUUCUCUGCGUGGCAGAAAUGGAGUUACCUGCCUGCUGCUCCUUCUCACGUGCAGCUUUAGCACGCGCGGUUGCCAUGAUUUUGCCAAAGCUACUGUUUCCAUCAGUGGAGCUGGAAACGUUUGUGUUGGUGUUUCAGAAAAUUAACAUCUUCUUCAGUUAGAGGUGCAGAUAAAGGGAGGAAAACGGUGUCUGCAGGCCAGCUUCUUCCCAGAGUUGCUGCUUAUGUGAAUUUGGCCUGAGACUUUGUGAAAAGAGUAUUUUUGCAUUCAGAUUCCAUUGAGGAUUUUUGUUAAUCUUUUGGUGGCUUGUUUAUUUAAAUUAAGCCCUGAUUAACUUAAGAAGCUUUCUUUGGUAUUUAAUAGCUUAUCAGAGUAAAAGAUUACACUGCCAAACCAUGUUCACUUUUGUAACGGAGUCGUACUUGAGGUGAUAAAACUUGCGAUGCCGUAUCUGUUUCGCUUAGUACGUAGAAAGCACUUUAUCAGCAAAAACUGUAAGGCACUUCGUGCUAUGAGGAGGACGAGGGAGCUCGCGGAUACCAGGCGCGCGGCCUCUGUGCGUGUGGCUUGUGAUGCUGACGCCUGUCACCUGUGAAUCUUGCAUGUAAGAGAAAGUCUGCUCUGGCCUCUGGGUAGGUGCCUGUGGUCGCAUGAACUGGGGUUAAUUUAAAAAAAAAAAAAACCCAAAAAACAAAAACAGAUCAAGAGUUUUCUGUGUUUAUUAGUUCAUUGUAGAAUGGGUUAAGUAAAGUUUUGUAAGAAUGUAGGAUUUUAUGUAUCUGCUAAAUGUGUUUAAGAGACUCAUGUCCCCACAUACGAGCGUGGCGCGACCGGCGAAGCCCGUGGGAGCUGCGUGGCCCUGGCGCAGCGGGCAGCUCCCCGGCAGCGAUCCCUCGCCGGCACCGCCGCGGCCCCAGGGCCUGGGGAGGCCUGCGAGGUGGCAGGUUAUGGCUGGGACCCCUCGGCAGCAUCAUAAUAAAAUAAAAUAAAAUAAAAUAAAAUAAAAUAAAAACCUCGGUGUCUAAAGUAGAGCUGGGCAACUGCUUUCCAUGGGUGUUCCACAUUUCAGAGUGAAUGUGCUUCCUUCGAGUUUAUGCCUUAUUUGUGUAUCUUUUUCUCGAGAACUUUGCAAACAAGAGAAGGAGAGAAAACAAGAGUAUCGGAAGUAUUUCUGCCUAAUCAGGCAAAGGUAAUAUGUGGUCUAUGUCCAUUCAGAAUUGUUCACUUUACAAGUAUCAGAAACCAUCAACAAAUAGUUUAGAAACUCAAGUGAAGAAAAGAGAGGAUUGCUGACUCUUACAUCCAGCGAGUGUCUCAGAGGAGACAGGAAAAGAAGUGGCUGAAUUAAUUAUCCAUUACUAAAUAUUUGCUCAGCUCUAUCCUUCACCAAGACUGAAGGAGAGGAAAACUGAAGCACCAUAGAGAUUCAGGGAGAAAAGUACUAGAACUGCUGGCUAAAUAAAUCCAUGUAAUAACACAAUUUAUUGAAAUAAAAAAUGCUGUAUUUUUGCAGGCUUGUUAAAUUAACUGAAAAAAAAAUGUAUCAAAUAAACCAGUGUAUCAAAAACUGAAUAAAUAAACACACUUUGGUUCCUGAUAA